AAUUGAUAUUUGUAGCUUAAACUACUGUAUCGGGACUUGAACCAAGUUUGAUCUCAAAUAAUCGAAGAGGAAGAAUAACGGAGAUGAAGUACAUACUGGUCACUGGUGGCGUUAUUAGUGGCGUCGGUAAAGGUGUGAUAGCCAGCUCCUUCGGGACACUGUUGAGUGCCUGCGGCAUACCGAUAACGUGCAUCAAAAUCGAUCCUUACAUCAACAUCGAUGCAGGGACGUUUUCACCCUACGAACACGGCGAAGUGUUCGUGCUCGACGAUGGCGGUGAGGUCGAUCUGGAUCUGGGCAACUAUGAGCGGUUCCUGGACGUGGUUCUUCACCGGGACAAUAACAUAACCACCGGCAAGGUGUACAAAAUGGUGAUCGAUCGGGAGCGGAUCGGUGACUAUUUGGGAAAAACCGUUCAAGUCGUGCCACACAUUACGGAUGCGAUCCAGGAGUGGGUCGAAAGGGUGGCGAAAACACCCGUCAAGGCGAAUGUCCAGCCAGAGGUGUGCAUCGUCGAGCUGGGCGGUACGAUCGGAGACAUCGAGGGAAUGCCCUUCGUCGAAGCAUUCCGUCAGUUUCAAUUCCGCGUGCGUAAAGAAAACUUUUGCGUCGCCCAUGUCUCACUUGUACCCUCGCCGCGGUCUACCGGGGAACCGAAGACGAAACCGACGCAAGCGAGCGUGCGAGAGUUGCGCGGGCUGGGCCUGAGUCCGGACUUGAUCGUGUGCCGCUCAGAGAACCCGAUCGGCGAUGAGGUGAAGGAGAAGAUUAGUAACUUUUGUCACGUUGCACCGGAGCAGGUGAUCACCAUACCGGACCUGUCGUCGAUCUAUCACGUGCCGUUGCUGAUGGAGCAGGCGGGUGUGGUCGAUAUCCUUAACGAACGGUUGCAGCUUAACCUGCAGAUUCCGCGGCCGGCCGGGUUCAUGCUGUCGUGGCGCGAUCUGGCCGAGCGGGUUGAGAAUGUGUACAAAAAGGUGAACAUCGCGCUGGUGGGCAAGUACACGCGACUAGAGGAUGCCUACGCGUCGGUUUCGAAGGCGUUGAUUCACUCGUCCAUUGCCGUCGGCUAUAAGCUGGAGUUGAAGUUUAUCGAGGCGUGUCAUUUAGAGCGUGACGCGAAACGCGAAAAUCCACACCUUUACUACGAAGCGUGGCAUUCGUUAACCAACAGCCACGGCGUUGUCGUUCCGGGUGGGUUCGGUACGCGUGGUGUGGAGGGCAAGAUACGGGCGUGUCAGUGGAGCCGCGAAAACAAAAAGCCAUUUCUGGGAAUCUGCCUAGGACUGCAGGCGGCCGUGAUAGAGUUCGCACGAAACGUGCUGAAAAUUGAGGAUGCCGACUCCACUGAAAACGAUCCAGAUACGACCCACCCUCUGGUGAUCGACAUGCCUGAACAUCACACCGGGGUGUUGGGUGGCACUAUGCGUCUUGGAACGCGGACCACCAUCUUCAAAGGCAACAGUAAAAUUCGUAAACUGUACAAUAACUUGGACCAGAUCGACGAACGGCAUCGGCACCGGUACGAGGUGAAUCCUGAAUAUGUUACCGUUCUCGAAGAUAACGGUAUGCGAUUCGUGGGCCACGACUCGGAGAAGCAACGCAUGGAGAUCAUCGAGCUUGAGGGCCACCCGUACUACGUGGCCACCCAGUUUCACCCGGAGUAUCUUUCGCGCCCCCUAAAACCAGCACCGGCAUUCCUCGGGCUAAUUUUGGCAGCGGUUGGCAAACUGGACAACUAUCUAGCGACGGGUCAGCACAAGAUUCAGCAGCUUCACAGUCAAAACCACCACCAGCUAUUGGCAUGCGAGAGCUCCAGCGAUGAUGAUCUACAACCGCAAGGCCGGGUGCGGGUUAAUAGCAAAAGUGCAUCGCAGCGUGGUUCGAACAACAGUCCGGAGAAGGGCAAGAAAAGUGGUUCUCCGAAAGGGUCUGUCUUGACGACGACGGCGCACGUAAACGGGGUAUGUUAGAAACAUUACUUGAGCUUUGAUUACAUUAAGAGAGCGUGGUUUUGCACAGUAAUCACUCAAAAGUAUCUCUUAAUUGCACUUCUUCGUUGGAAUGCGGAACGCGUCUAACACAUCCACCGACGUCUGUUUCCCGCUUGCGAUUACCGAAGAAGCUGGGGACACUUCCUCGUCCCUCUGGCCAGAGUCGUUCACCUGCUCCGUCUCGAGCGCACGACUCGCCUCAUUCAGGUUGACGCUGUUUUCGUCCUUCAGCUCCGACUGGAUCUUCUGGUCCUUAUCCGGCUGCUCCAUGAGCGCCUGCUUCUCGGACUCGAUCUGACGCAGCUUCGAGUUUCGAGGCCAGCCUCUGGAGCGUUUCCUUCUCCAGCAGCCACUGCAAUUCAGUCAGUUGGCUCUCUAGAUUGCUAGGACGCUUGAUGGCCGCCGAAACCCUCAGUUCGGCAUCGGCCAAAUGCUGCGUGACGUUUUCCGUAUCCUGCUGCAGCUUCGUGACCUUGUCCUGCAGCUCCACGCUAACAGCGCUGUUGACGCUCGAAGCUUCUCACUCAGCUCGGCGUUUCCACCUGAAUAGUUUUCUCCUCCGGAAAACUUUGACUCACAUCCUAGUUGACGGGUCGCCUUCUUAUCGCAAUGUCCCCGCCGUCUCUGCUAGACGUGUUCACGAUCUACAUUGUGGUGAUUUCCGGCGCACGUCAACACAGAUGUAUGUUUCUGUUUUAGUUUGUAUAAAUCAUUCUCGCGGCCUCCGGUGACGAUUACCUUGCCGUCGGAGUUGAUGACUGUGCAUCCUUUUUGUUUAAAUACUACUGUGUGGCCUUGAUCGGUAAUCUUGCUCACUGAUAGCAAGUUAACAGCCAAACCUGGUACGAAAUCGACGUUUUUAACUUCGAUUGUAUUUCUAAUACAGGUUGGUCUUAGCACUGCAGAUCCUUCCGCGACUAUAUUCAUGCGUUCUUUAUUAGCUGCAUAUAUUGUAUGCCUUUUGCUUCUCUGAACUUGCUGAGCAUCGUUUUGUUAUUGGUGAGGUGUUUUAC